CUGCCCAACACUGUGCAUGCGAUACCUUUCAUGUCCACAGGGCGGUGUAUCUCGCCAUUUCCUGCUACUGUUAGUGAAAGCUUUUUCUACAGUGAUAAUUUUUGUUCCGUGGUAAGAAGGCAGAGCCGCGGCUACAUUUCACGGCUACGUUUAGCUUAUGAACCAUUGAAGUAACUAUGAACUGAAUCGGCGUUUCAUCGUUUAACUAAAUGGGCCAGGUCGUGUCCAACUAUAGAUGACCCUGUAGACAGCAAUGGCUGCCUCUAAAACACACUCUGCCCCCAUGAGUGUAUCUCUGCUCGUUGAAGCGAGGGGAAGACAGGUCUGAACAAGUUGUGCUGGUGGUGGCAUCCCGAGGCAUCACCGUGCCUUCCCUAGCACUACGUGGCAUGUUGCGAGCUGACAGGAGGACCUGUCUACCAGAAUCCCCCUCUUCGAUGGACACCCCUGGGUGCAGCAGGGACUGGAACCGACGGCCAUUCCUGGAGUCUGUCGUCCCCAGACCGACCCUGAACCGGGAGUUGGGAAGUGCCUUCACAUCCCCCGGGGUUAAGGACGAAGAGAAGGAACAGGGAGGUUUCCGGAGGUAUAAAAGCGUAACCAUGGCGCCUACCUCCACGUAUUUGAGUGACAGGCGGUAUGUCGCGAGGAGACCCCUGUUCCCGGCAGAACCACAGGCGUCCAUCCUGAAGAAGACCAACGUUCAGACGAGCCAACGUGAGGAGGAUUGGGCAGGUACUAGGCCGUCAGCCUCUCACCAGCAUGCAGAGAUUGACAUCACGAGACGGUAUUCGAGUCCAAGACACACGGUGCCCUCCACUGGCCUCAACCUACAACAUACUGGACAUACCUCCUCGGCUGGCUCAGCCUCGAGAGAAGACCUCACUUCCCCUCUGGGCGUCUCCGACCUCAGGGCUGGACCCUCCCUCCACGAGUCAGCCUUUGCUUCAACGUUUCUGGACGAAGGAUCUGAUCGUAGCAGCCUCUCCAGCCCGUCCCUGGAGGUCCACUCCCCAAAGUCUCCUUCCAGCCCUCGACUGUCCUCCACUCGGCUGCCUCCGGACUUCUGUCCUCAUCCGUGUCUUUCCAGGCCCCUGUGGUCUGACAGCAGGCCGGGUACAAGGAGCCCAGCAGGGGCGAGAGGAGGGGAUGGAGGAGCAGAGACAAACCUGACCAAGAGUUCCUCCCUGGGUUACCUAAAGAGACACACACCCCCAAACCUCGACAACAUGUCCCCGCAUCAGGCCAACUACUGGGCCUGCGCCAUACCCCGGUCCCUGCCUCCGUCCCCAGACAGGGAAUCCCCAAGCUGGGACGCAAACAGGGAAUACCAGGCCCUGCUGGACUACACCUACCCUCUGCGGCCAGGGGAGGGGACCGGCGAUAGGAAAGACCUUCGGAAACAGGGGGGCUCUCUUCUCCGGACGGGCGACCAAACUCUCCAGGACUCUGGGAUCGGGCUGGACGGAUUCUGCAGCUCCAACAGUCUGUCAGGUUUGGACUUUUGGUCAAGCGGUAUGGGGAAGUCCAAGCAGGUCUGGGGCCGGAACGGAGGCCAAACGUCUUCUGAGCUCCAGGGCCUGCCGAGGUCUUGGGACAGCCUGCCUCUAGCUAGCUCCCUUCCUUCCCACACGGAUCCCGUCGGUUUGUCCCUGGAGAGUCUGGACUCUAGCCAGGACCCAGCUGGAGGAGCCAGGCCCAGCCCUAGCAGGGCAGGCGGUCUGCACCACCAGAGACCAACGAAUGCCCCUCUCUUCAGCCACUCCUUUUCCUCGUCAUCCAUUCGGUGCGUCCGUUCCACCAGCCUACUGUUUCCCCGACCACGGUGCACCUCGGCUGGGGAUUGGGACGAGGAGUUCAGGCCUCUUCCAGACCAGCUGGAGGAGCUACAAUCGCUCGCCAACCAGGUCAGGGAGGUGACUGCCACGCUCUGUCAGCCCCUCACGCUCACAGGCAGCUGGGACAAUCUGGAGUCGGAGGACCCCCCUUGCCCACGGCCCCUCAGAAGGCCCCAGAUACCCCAGGCGAAGGAGGGGGACCAGGAGGAGGUGGAGAAGGUGGCUCAAGCGGCGCGCCGCGGGCAUGUCCGCUCUGAAGGGACGCGAGGCGGGGGUGACGUCACCGGCGCUGGUGGUGGGGGGGACGAGCAGACGGAGGGGCCCGCCGUCGGAGCGGUGAGCCAGGCGGCCCUCAGGGACGUGGAGGCCCUGGUGGAGCAGCUUAGCGGGGUCUGCCUCCACGCCCUCCACAGUGGGGGCCCCGGGGCCGAGGAGGAGGAGGAGGGAGGCUCCCCCUCCCUCAUGCAGCACAUCCAGGUGUUCUGUUCCAACCUGGAGCAGCUGAUUGGCUGGCUGUACACGGUGGCCCACAAGUUGGAGGUGCUGGCCCCGCCCACCGCCAACCUAGAGAGUGUCAAGUCGUCGUUCGCCCAGUACCAGAGCUUCCAGAAGGAGGUGACCUCCCAUCAACCCCUCGCCUCCUCUGUCCUGCACACGGGAGAGCUGCUCCUCAGCUGCCUCAACAGCACCUCCCCAGUUCUGAGGGACACUCUGGUUAUGAUCGAGAGGCAGACCAAGGCGCUGGAGAGCAAUACAGAGAACCUCUUCUCUGCCAUCCUGUCGGCCAUGGACCGCCUGGCCCAGGGACAGGCAGACCAACCAUUAGACAAAUCAAUAGGCAGAGCAGCAGACAGACAGACAGACCAGUAGAAGACAGACAGAUAGACAAGUAGCCAGCCAAACAGACAGACCAGUGGACAGAAAGACAGACAGACCAGUAGACAGACUUAUUACCAGAGGAUCCUCUAUGUUAGUUUUGUCAUCUUCUUUUUUUUAUUUGUCCAGUGUUCAAACGGUUAACUCAUAAGAUUUGUAAAGUUUAUUUAUUGAUUUAUUUAAUUUACAUUUAAAGAAGGGAAUUUAUUUUACAUCUUUUAUGAGCUCCUGCCUUACAGCCCAAACACCAAAGGUAGACUUUUACAUUAUUUAGGUUUCUGAACUGUUUGAUGAAUAUUAAGUAUCUGGCUUGUCUGUGGGAAUAUUUUUUAGAUUCCCACACCAUUAUGAGGGUGUGACGAUUUACUUUUUGAAUCUUAAUCAGUGCUCUUUACCUAAGCAUACUUUUAACCUUUUCAAUCCCAAAAGGUAAAAGUAAUUUGCAUUAUCUCCGUCAUAAAUCACCACAGCACAUGACUUAUCAACUUUAUGAACCUUUUCUCUCAAAUAUAAAAUAUUUUCUUACCAGUUUACCUCUAACUACACAUUUUCAAAACAACAAAUAAAUAACAUUGAACGGUUUUAUAUUACAUUUUGUUCUCUAGAGACUCAAGAGGGUGUAUUUCCUUAGAGCAGCUCGAAUAUUUUUGCAGGAUCAAUCCUCGGGUGUUGCAGUUCACCAUUGUGUCAGUUACUGUGAUGAAAGAAGAACCACUUGACUACUCUUUAAGCCUCUUGAAGGGUUAUGUCUUCAGUGCCUCAUGAAGUAGAAAUGGUUGUCUAGCAACCGGAAGGUAGCUGGGUCGAACCCUUGUUCCUCCUAGCUGAGCGCCGAGUUGUCCAUGACCAAGAAACCUAGCACUUACAACAUGGCUUUCGCUUUGUCGGUGUAAUGAUGUGUGUAUGAAUGGGUGAUUGAGAGACAAUAAUUGUACAGUGCUUUAGGUGGCCACUGGUUUGAAAAGCACUAUUUUCAUAAAAUCCUUAAGUAAUUACUAGUCAAACCUCCCAUGUUAAAAAACGGUGGGAUGGAUUGUGUUGCCAAUCACAAUAAAUGUUUGUCGUUGAGGGAGAAUCACUGUUUCCAGAACUGUAAAGACAGACCUGUAUCGUGAAUCGGUAAUGUACGGCAAUCACAAUAAGGCUGUGUUCUGUUAAAUAGCAACCAAACACUGGCACCAAAGAUCAGAGGGAGAAAAGCUAAACGAAUUGGCCCAUACUCAUCUGCCAAUCAGAACCAAUGCAUUACAGAUUAUUUGGUCUUUAAUUAUACAGUGGAAGUUAUUUUAUCCUAGAAAAAAUGUAAUGCAGCUACUUGCGCUCCAUUGUUGAUUCCAAAAUGUUGAUUACUACUCAUUAAAAACUGGUUUAAAAUAACAAUUUUUACAGAUAAGGCCCUAACAGUAUUGACCUUGAAUGAUGACAGGAGGGUGUUGGAAAAUAACAUGCCUCAAAGCACAUUUUUAUAAACCUCCUUUUUAACUUUGUAUUAUCCAAAUGCAGCUGUAGUUUCAAAUAUGAAAAGUGCUUUAAAAAACGUUUUAAAAUGUCAGCUAAAGCAGCUUUGAUAAUUUUGUAUUUUCCUCAAUUUGUUAACAGAACGUAGCACAAGCUUACACAAAAUAAAGUUUUGUAACAAUAGUUUGGUCCCUUUUUGAUUGUCCUUUGAUAUUUGUGUGUCUUACAUUCAAUUAAUUGACAAAGACUUGCAUUUCCGUAAAUAAUGUUUUCUUUCCAUUUUAAUCAAACGGAUUACUUUGGUGUUUUGAAGUAUGCCUUUCAGUGCUAAAAAAUACCCCAGAGAUCAGUUAAAAAGCCUGGUUACAUGGCAAUAACUGCUAUCUUACACCACCACUUGCCAUCCUUCAUGUGUAAGCAUGUUGAACCAAUAUCCUUGUGAGUCAAACCACUUGAUAAGUGCUGACUCAUAGGGAACAAAACUGAUUCCAAGGAUUUCCUGUCCAUCCUAAGUCGUAUCCAGUGGAAAACAGGCCGAAUAUAUCUGCUUUAGACUCCCACUCAAAAUUCAGCCAAACUAAACCAUGGGUUUGAACACAAACUAAAGGAGGUUAUUUUUACCGGUUCCUGCAGAAUAUCGGUGUGCGCGACCGGCAGACCAAACUUAUUGUGAGCACAGAUCGUAUGGCAGAACAUGCUGAAACAAUGAUCCCAGAUAGUUCCUUCUGAAAC